AUGAUGGGGACCUCUGGAUUCGGGCAGAGUGAACAUGGAAACAGAUUGGAGGUAAAGAAUGACGACGUGUGGAAUGCUUACGUCAAGCCAUUUUACGGUGAUUGGCUUGAAGUGUUUGGAAAAGAAAGGGCAACCAAUGUGGGGGCACAAGGCUUCACGGGUGCGGUAAUUGAGGUCUUACACAACAACAACACAGAGCUAAUACCAGAUUCUAUACUGGUCCCUACAACACCGCCAGAAGUAUCAAAUUUUUCUUUUGAUCCUUUACAUGAAAGUGCAAUGGAGUCUUCUUCGACACAUGGUGGUGAAAGCGGUGCAUCAGCUAAGGGGAAGCGCUUGUGGAAAAGAAAACGUCUUUUACAAGUGGAGGAUGAUAUAGUUGGUAUGUUGUCUUCAUUAUGUGAAAAUGCUAAUGCAUGUCUUCCUGAUAUAGCUACAGGAGUCGGGUUCCAACAAACUGCAAAGGAGCAACGUACGACUGUGUAUGUGGCGCUACGUCUAAUCCCUCACUUGAGUACCAGCCAAAAGGUGGUUGUCGCUUGA